AUGCAGCAGGAAGCGAGUCAUAACAACUCUCACAGCGACGUGCGGUCCGUCGACGUCGACGCUGUUACUGUCGAAGGUGGCUCCGGCUCGCUCGAGAAGGCGGGUGCGGACAAGGAGGAGGCAGUACAGGCGGACGCUGAGAAGGCUGCACCCGCCCCGCCGGCCUUCAACGUUCCGGACGGCGGUUGGGAGGCUUGGUCGGUCGUGGCUGGUGGCUGGUUCGCGCUUUUCUCAACAUUUGGUUAUGUGAACGCGUUCGGCGUGUAUCAGGCUUACUAUGUUGAAAAAUUGGGACGGUCGGACAGUGCUGUUUCAUGGAUCGGCUCGUUCCAGCUGUGGUUGAUGUUCACCAUGGGCUUGUUCACUGGAAAAUUAUUCGACGAGGGGCAUUGCCGGCUCCUGAUUUUCGUGGGCUCCGUGUUCUACAUCGUUGCUUUAUUCAUGACAUCACUCUGCACGGAGUACUGGCAGGUGUUCCUUGCGCAGGGUGUCUGCGGAGGAAUCGGCCUUGGGAUUCUAUUCCUGCCCGCCCUGAGCGUCGUCCCUCAAUGGUUCCAAAAGCGGAGAGCAUUUGCUACAGGUGUGGUCACGACCGGAUCUAGCGUCGGCGGUGUCGUCUUCCCAAUUAUGCUCAAUCACCUCUUCAACUCCGUCGGGUACGCAAAAGGCGUUAGGGCCUCGGCGUACAUCAUCCUGGGCUGUCUCGUCCUCGUGAAUCUGCUCAUCAAGCCGCGGAUCCCCGGGCGAUCGAAGCGUCCCGCUCACAUGCAGUUCCCGGCCCCUGAUAUGAAGUCCAUCCUCACGCAUGAUGCCUACUGGGCCACUAUCGGUGGUGGAUUCCUGAUUAUGUGGGGAUUGUUCUUCCCCUUGUUUUACAUUCAGGUGUUUGCGCAGAGCCACGGGGUCAACGAGAACCUGUCGUUCUACCUCCUGUCGAUACUCAAUGCCACUUCCAUAUUCGGACGUACUCUGCCCAAUCUCUUGGCGGAUAAAUUCGGCGUGAUGAACAUGCUCAUCGGCGCUGCCUUCUGCGCGGGCGUGCUCAACUUCGUAUGGCUCGCGUGCACCAGCGAAGGCGCUUCUAUCGUCUUCUCCAUCCUUUAUGGUUUCUUCAGUGGCGCAUACGUAAGCAUCAUGCCCGGCGUCAUCGCCAGUCUCAGCUCCCAUAUUGGUGAAGUGGGCGUCCGCAUGGGCUUUGCGUGGAGCAUUAUCGCGCUCGCGGCGCUGACGGGUACUCCGAUUGAUGGGUACGUACAUGGCAGCUGA